AUGUCAGAUUUUGCCUUUAACAACUAUUGUAUACAUUGUGACAAAAUUUGUUCAACCAGUUCGAUAUACUGUUCUGAUGAAUGUAAAUCAAUGGAAUACAACCAAAACAACAUGAUUAACUCAUCCACUUCUACUACUCAAACUACUACCACCACUAAUACUACUACUUCACAAUCAACCACCAAUAACUCAAAUCUACAACAAAGUCAAGUUUCCCCAUUAUUGACUCCAAUGUUGUACAUUCAACAACAACAACUACAAGCUCAACAAGCCCAACAACAAUUGUAUCAAGUUAAUUCUCCACUACAUUUCACCAAUACUUCAUCAAGUCAAUUUAAUGAAGAUGAUGAUGAAUUGAAUUACUUUGAUUUGAAUUAUUCUGUUCAAUCAAAUAUUAAUUAUACCAAUAACAACGAUUUAAUCAACUCAACUUCCCAUAAUUAUCGUAAAUGGUUAACUACUGCUUCUUGUGCUACCACUGCUUUAUAA